UGUUGGUGGUUUGGUUAUUUGCAGCCAUUUUUUGCAAUUUUCCAAACUUUCUGGCGAAUACGUACAUUCACAGGACCUUCAGAGUAUUUUCGAUUCAGUGUUAGUGAUUAGUGAUUUGAACAGUAUAGUAGUGACUUAAUUAGUGGUGAACAGUAUAGUAGUGACUUAUAGUUGUGGUGAACACUAUAGUAGUGAGACAUUUAUAAACUCAGACUUUUUGUUUUGUUUUAUUUAUUAUUUCAAUUCUGCCAUAUUGCAAAAAUGCGUGUAAAAAAACAGUCUGCCAAAACUAUCAGAGCCAAGCGUCUUAAGAAAAUUCAAAAUGCAGAAAAGGAACUUGAGCAGAAGACCUUAGAACCUGAAAAAACAAGUGGUGUCAUCACUGAAACUGGUGAAAAGAAAACUAUUCAAAGUGGUGUGGCAGUACAAACAGGCAGAAAAAAUAUUAAUGGGACGUUUAAAAGGAAGCAAGUAACAGAAGAUAGCCCAGUAUUGAUCAAGAAGAAGAAGCCAACAGACAUGAGCAAAAUUUCCAAUGUGACUGAAGAUAAAGGAACUGAAAGACAGUUGGACCAGAGACAACUAAACAUAAAUUAUUCAAGCAGUGUCGCAAUAACAAGACUACCAACAAAAUUCGAGUUAGCUAUAAGAGAGGGCUAAAUAUUUGUGUCAACAACCCCUGUAUGUCCAAGAAGGUAUUCAAGUGUCUGACAAUUGGCAGAAAGAUAUAGAAAACUACAUUAGCUCACAACAAAAUCAUAAUGACGAUGAUGAUAUAUUAAUAGAUGCAUUAAUUAGGCAGAUUGAUCUUGAAUCAUUUAAGUAUAGUACAACAAAAGAAAUAAAUAAUGUUGUGGUGGAUAAACUAAAUAAUUGUGAAACAAUGGAAGUCGAAAAUUCAAAUAAUGCUGUAAGGUGUAGUAAAAAAGAGGCCAAUAUCUAUCAGUUGGAUGAAUUUCUAGAAGAUGAGGAUGAAGAACCAUUGAAUCCUGGUGGACAAGAAACUUUACUAAACAAGAAUAAUCUAGAAAAUAUCUGUUUUGCCCCUGGGGAAGGAAAAACUCCAAUCCAUUUAAUGCAGGACAAGUACAGUGAUGAACUUUCCUUUCCAAGUCUAUAUUGUGGGAAAAUGAAACAAUUUUUUAUUAAGUAUAGCUACUCAGAUGAAAUUAAAAUACAACUUCAGCACAAAGACAGGAGAUUUGCAAGGACAGAUUAUCUUUUAUACACAUUUAAAAAGAGCCAAAUAAUUUUAUUAACAAAAGCUGUGUAUACAUGCCUUAGGAAGAAGAAAAAUGAAAGUGGAAAAUAUACAGCUGGACAAGUCAUACAACCCGAUUUUAUCGAGCAACUUGUAAAAAAUGAUGAUGGCUAUCAUUUUCUUAAUAAAAUAAAAGGUUCCCCCGCAUACUGGAAACAAGAGAAAACAAAACUAAUGUGUAUGAUUCGACAGUUUGGAAUUCCAACAUUAUUCAUAACCAUUUCCGCAGCUGAAACAGCAUGGCCUGAAUUAAUUGUAAUAUUAGCCAAGGUUAUUGAUGGUAAAGAAAUUUCACUUGAAGAAGCUAAUACCCUCUCUUAUUUGGAAAAGACCUGUUUAAUCAGAACCGACCCUAUAACGUGUGCUCGAUAUUUUUACCAUAGAUUUAAGUUGUUAUUUAAACACCUGAAGAGUGAUAGUGGACCAUUUAAGCAACACCCAAUAGUGCAUUUUUACUAUCGAGUAGAAUUUCAUCAUCGUGGAUCACCCCAUAUCCAUGGAUUACUGUGGUUAGCAGAUGCCCCUAAAUUUGAUGAAACCGCUGAAAGUUUCAAAGAAUGCUGCCAGUUUGCCGACAAGUUCAUCACUUGCCAGGGAGAUCUAGAGAGUGUCAGUGAAAUAAUCCAAUUCAACACUCAUCAUCAUUCAAAAUCUUGCAAGAAAGAUAUAAAGGGAUAUGAGGUUAGUAAAUAUAUCUUAAUGGAUUAA